AUGCCGACAUCGCGCAAGCGGGCCCUCCAAGAGGGCGACACCAGCAACAAUGCGCAACCUCCCAAGGAGCCAUCCGUACUCCAUCGCAUAAGGAAUAUGUGGCAGUUUGCCAACCUUUUCCAGUUCAUCCUCUUGUUCGGAAAGGCGCUUAAGUUGGACGACAGUCUUGACAUCGAGGACCUCGAGGCCGAAUGUCUAAAGCCAGGCUCAAUGGUCCUUCAGGACAUUGGCCUCGGUAUUCUCAAGUUUCUCUCGUCCCAUCGAGGCCUUACCCACGAUGUGUUCGAAGAGUAUACCCGAAGACAGUUCCUUGCCAAAGCCCCCGAGAAGAAUCCAUUCGGAACCGAGGAUCUGCCUUCCAAGUUCGCCGACUUUGACGUCUUUACAAAGAUCCGUGUACUCCAGCAAAUGAGUCAACUUGUCAUGUGUACCCCCGAGCGCCUUCGCGAGAGGACAGAAGAGCAGAAGGACAUGGACCAGACAAAUUGGCGAAUUGAGCCUUACGGAUGGGACAGCAAAGAUCGUACGUACUUCGUAUUAGACGAUAACCGCAUCUAUCGAUUGACCGAGGCCCCGGCCCCCGCUCCCAAACCCAAGAAGAAUACCAAGAAGGCCAAGGCGGUUUCUCGAAGCAGCAAAAGACGUCGCGUCUCGGAAGCGGUCAGUGAGGGUGGCGAUGCUGGCGACGAGGACUCUGUGACAGGGCAACCGGACGAGCGUGAAGAUGACAGUCUUGGCGGAAUGAAAUGGGAAUGCCUCGCCGUAUCCCUAGAUGAGGUUCGCCAAUUUCUAGCCACUAUCCAGAAAUCGAAGGACCCGAAUGAGAAGAUUCUGCGCGAACAAAUCCAGGAUCAUCUCGUCCCUAUCCUUGAAAAACAAGAGGAGUCCAAAAAGCGCAAACAGCUGCAACGAGAGAAAGAACUGCAGGCACUGGAGAAGAUGGCGCACGCAAAACGAUCCAGCCGUAUUGCUGGAAAGCUAGAGCAACAGAAGGCGGAAGAACAGGCUCGGGAAGAGGAACGCAAGCGGCAAGAAGAGGAGGCUGCCAGGCGAAAAAAAGAGCAACGGCAAGCCAAGAUGGAGAGGGAGAGAGAGAAUCGACUCAUGUCAAGAGAACAACGACUGAAGGAGCGAGAGAUUCGCCGUCUUCAGGCCGAAGAAGAGCUGGCGCAACUGUCCGAGGACAGCAAAUCCGUCGGCUCAGGACCCGGUCGCAUGUCGGAGCGGCACCGACAGGCAGCGAUUGAAAAGAACAGGAGAGCUCUACAGGAGCUGCAAGACGAGGAAGACGACUGGAUAUUUGACUGCAUCUGCGGCGUCUAUGGGCAGGUCGAUGAUGGGACACAUAGCGUUGCCUGCGAGAGGUGCAAUGUCUGGCAGCACAGCAAAUGCCUUGAUAUUGCCGAAAAGGAUGCUGAGCAAGAAGAUUUCCAUUUCAUCUGCAGCUCUUGUCGCCGAAGCGAGGCAGAGAAAUCUCAACAACCCCGGGUUAUCAAGCUGAAGGUCAACCGCCAUGCUUCAUCGUCCCCUCCUCCUCAGCAGGUUGUGAGUGGCAUCUCCUAUUCUCAAGCUGGCCGGUCACAGCUUGUUGUCGAGCUCGGGGCUCAGGCAAUGUCUAGAUCGUCUACCGAUCGUAUUAGCGAGGAGAACCCGCGCUCUGGGUCUCAGAAUGGCCCAUCGGGGCAACAAGAGGCAAGGACCGAACCUACCGAUCUUCCAGGUGAGAAGGAGGGUACGGCAAGACCAGUCAGUGCGACGGGGUCUAUUGGGCAUUCGCCAGGGCGCCGGGAGUUGAACCCAUUUUCAUCGCCGCAUCCCACCCUGUCUCCUCCUAACCAAUCGCCCGGCAAGUUGAGAGCAUAUGACAGCAUAUUUCAUCCUUCUGCCCCAUCUUCUGCUGUUGGCCGCGAAGAGUCGCACCUUAAAGACGAGGGCUUAUUGCCUGUGUUGCCGCCUCCUGCCGGAAACGGUCGUUGGGCCUCGCCCUCAAAGCAACCGCAACGGCCGUCGUCGCCUCUAGGAACAAAGAGCUCUCCUGCCGCAGGCGCCAGAAUAGUGAGCACGCCAUUGCCACAACUGACCCCUGUGCAAUCCGAUCCCCACGCCCGGAAUGGAGUCAUCGACCGGUCAUCACCCUUACCUCCUUCCCGCGCAGGGCUAUCGCCAACCAAGCAUUCGCCGCCUGUACCGCCGCGCCAUCAGGUGAACGGCUCUGCCAGCGCUGGCGCUUCCCCAUCAGGAACUGGUCGCGCCGCUCCAGUUUUUCCCCCUUCGGCAGCCCUUGCCCCUUCCCCUCCUCAGCAAAAUUUGGCGCCGCCGUUGAAGCCGCUAAAGCCUGCCGACCCGGCGAAAUCGCAGCCGCAGACAUAG